AUGCUGGAGGUGAUCUACGUUACCCGCCAUGGGUUUCGAUCCAACUGGCUGGUCGACCCGUCAAACGGUAACUACACGACGUUCAUCAAGUCCCCCACCGGCGGGGCGGCUGAUCCGGCGCUGACCGCACACGGUGUUGACCAGGCGAAUGAGCUCGCCGUAAGGUUGCUGGCAGUGGACCCGCCUAUUGAGCGAGUUUAUUCGAGCCUGUAUUACCGGUGCCUUCAAACUGUCCAGCCCUUCGUCCGCCAGACGCAGGAAGAAGCAUCAAAAACGGCUAGAGGUAAGCCCGCCUUGAAAAUCCGGGGUGAGACUGGGCUGGGCGAGUGGUACGGCUCGGCCGACUUCGAGCACCCAGUUCCCGCGAGUCUCGGGAAGCUCGAUCCGCUCUUCCCGGGUCUCCUAGAUCUGGACUAUGGGCCGACGGUGACGCCGAGCCGCAUGGGCGAGGCUAUUGAUGAGCUACAUGGCCGCGUGGCGGCGACCAUGGAGGCGCUGAUUGCCCAGUGUGAUCGAGACGGUGUGCGUGCAAUCCUGCUAUGCUCACACGCCGCCGUUAUCAUUGCGCUAGGACGUGUCUUGACUGGCCAAAUGCCUGACAGUAUCGACACCGAUGAUUUCCAAUGCUUCACUUGCGGACUGAGCGCGUACCGACGCCGCCGCCGACAGGGCCUAAAAACCGAGGGGAUGGAUGAGCCCGCAGGGGAACCCACAGCUGCACGCGAUGCUGAUCAUCACGGCAAGGGUGGCACAGCAAUGGACUGGAGAGGGGGCCGAGGGGUAUCGGGGGGCUGGGACUGCGAACUGAAUAGCGAUUGUGCCCAUCUCUCUCUCGGCGAAGAGCGAGGAUGGCGAUUUUCGGGGGACGAGUCGUUCAAAGACAUGGCGACAGGCCAGAGCAUGCUGGAUACCACAACGCGAUUGGGAGCUGCCUCGGAUGGCAGGACCAAGGAGCUUGGAAAGCGAGCGGAGAGUUCCCUGAGCAAGCUUUAG